AUGGUUGCUAAGAUGUAAAUAAUGAGAGUAUUAAUAAAAGAAUAAAAUAUGAAUUCCAAAAUUAAGUUGAAUUAAGUAUUGAGAAGACAGACACUUACUAAAUAAAAUGUUAUAGCAAAGGAAGAAAAGAAUAAAGUUCUUUAGAAAGCCAUUCUAAUUUAAUAUUUAGAGAGCACAUUCAAUAAAGGUACAUAAUAGAAUAGGAAUUCAUUCAAUUCAUUAAAUCCUUAUAAAAUAGCAUCUGAAUUAUGA